UCCUCCGCUUUAGCCAUACGAGCGUCUGCACACUAAUUCUGGGCGGUAUUAGCCUACCUAUAACUUGCUUCUCUACGCCAUAGUAUGAACUUGUCCUACCACCAUUAUCCUCUCAACUCGAUGCCAGGCCCCUCUCGAUCGCAAGCAUCGUUUGAUGAGGGAAAGAAAGAAAGGAAGAGAAAAGAUAUAUCCGGAAAAGUCGGGAAAGAGAUGAAUGACCGAAGAGACGACGGAAGGCAUUUCAGUGAGAGCAUCAACGCUCUACAUAAUGCCUCUUACCAGCUUUCUACAAGACCAGAACUAUACCCUUUGUAUAAUCUACGACUUCUUCCAGUUACGAUCGAGCGUUCAGCGUAUCUUUCUCAAGUACAGUUGGAUGAAGCAUACGCUAGAAGUCGGGCGGAGAUGGCUUACGAGGAAGAACGAGAGAGGGUUGAAGAAGAAUGGAAACGAGGACGCGAUAGAGUGCGAGAGCGGCUCAUGGAGGGUAUUGAGGAACGCAGGAGACGUGCAAGAGAGGACAAAGAGGGCGAGGGCACCAGUGCAGCAGACGCAACGUUAGACUCACAAUCACGUCCACAUCUAACUCGUAAGCUUCGCAAUAAGAUUGGCACUUCACCCCCACCGCCCGCUCUUCACGGAACCCCCGCCGCUCCUGCAGGGCCAAACGGAAUGGUUAUUGGCGCCAUCAGCAAUAUGCCUAUUACUACAGGUCCAUUUUUAAAUCCACAUUCCCUCUCUGUCGAUGAAAUUCCUUCACCAUUUCCUUUACCUCUCACAUCGACCUUCUCAACACACAACGGUUUGGGAGCCGGUGGUGGUUCUGGUGUUGGGGGAAAUGCGACGAACCGGCGAAGACCUAAAGGAGGCGGCGGUCACCAAAGUUCAACUAUCGGUGGGUUGGGGAAGAGUUUGGCGAUGCUGGCUGGGUGCAAGGAGGUUGAGGUUGAACAGGACCUCAUAGAAAUCAGGAGAGGUAACAAGAAGCGGCGAGCGGCCAUACAAGCGAGCAAGUCGACAGCGACAUAGCAGAAGUAGGCGUAUACCUUUUUCUCGCUUCAGGUGUAUUUUCACAAACUUCUUGGGUCUUUGGCUGCACAUUAUAUCGUACCUCUUCGCUACAAUUGAGUUCUACCCUAACAAGGUUAUCGGUAAAUUUCACUGAAAUGAUAUGCAUGGAGAUGCGUAUUCAAAAAUCUGGGGAAGACAAUAGGCA